GCGCAGCACUAUCUCUAGUGAAAACCUCAGUGUAACUCAGCCCCUCUCAGAUGGCUCUCAUCCCUAAAAAGCAUUCUUUUAUGUUUAGUUAAAAUCUGGGGCUCUGUAUCAACCAGCAAUCCCUUUUCUGUGCCUGGACAUUCACAGAAUCAGUCUCCGCCUUAUCCAAGUUAACAGAAGAUGGAUGUACAGAGUUCAGCCAGAGUCAACUCAAGGAAGAGGCGAAAAGAGGCCCUCGGACCGAAUGGGGCAACGGAGGAAGACGGGAUUCCUUCCAAAGUGCAGCGCUAUGCAGUGGGCUUACGGGAGCCAGCUCCUUUUUCUGAUGAAAUCGAGGUUGACUUUAGUAAACCCUAUGUCAGGGUAACUCUGGAAGAAGCCAGCAGAGGAACUCCUUGUGAGCGACCUGUGCGAGUUUAUGCAGACGGAAUAUUUGACUUGUUCCACUCUGGUCAUGCCCGGGCUCUGAUGCAAGCGAAGAACCUCUUCCCUAAUACGUACCUCAUUGUGGGAGUCUGCAGCGAUGAGCUGACGCACAACUUCAAAGGCUUCACGGUGAUGAACGAGAACGAGCGCUAUGAUGCGGUGCAGCACUGCCGCUACGUGGACGAGGUGGUGAGGAACGCGCCCUGGACGCUGACCCCCGAGUUCCUGGCGGAGCACCGGAUUGAUUUCGUAGCUCACGAUGACAUCCCGUACUCUUCCGCUGGGAGCGACGAUGUCUAUAAGCACAUCAAGGAGGCAGGCAUGUUCGCGCCAACACAGAGGACAGAAGGCAUCUCCACGUCAGACAUCAUCACGCGGAUCGUCCGGGACUAUGAUGUGUAUGCCAGGCGCAACCUGCAGCGGGGCUACACGGCCAAGGAGCUGAACGUCAGCUUCAUCAACGAGAAGAAGUAUCACCUGCAGGAGCGGGUUGACAAAGUCAAGAAGAAAGUAAAAGAUGUGGAGGAAAGGUCCAAAGAAUUUGUUCAGAAGGUGGAGGAAAAAAGCAUUGACCUCAUCCAGAAAUGGGAGGAGAAGUCCCGAGAAUUCAUCGGCAAUUUCCUGGAAAUGUUCGGCCCAGAAGGAGCACUGAAACACAUGCUGAAAGAGGGAAAAGGCCGGAUGCUGCAGGCCAUCAGCCCCAAGCAGAGCCCCAGCAGCAGCCCGACCCGGGAGCGCUCCCCCUCCCCCUCCUUCCGCUGGCCCUUCUCCGGCAAGACGUCCCCCCCCUCCUCCCCGGCCGGUCUCUCUAGGCGCAAGGCAGUGGCCUACGACAUCAGUGAGGAUGAAGAAGACUAACUCGCAUCCCUUUCCUCUCCCUCCCUCUAUUCUGUCACCUUCAGAAGCUCUCUCGAUUCCGCAUUGUGAUCCUAACACUAAGCCUAAGGACAGCUACAAAGGAAAGAACUUGGGGGCAAGAGGACGUAGGAAUGGGGAACCCCGGCCCACCCUUAAGAGACAUCUGUCACCACACCCGGGGGGCUGGCUGCGCCUUAGAAGCCUGCUGCACCCUCCCACCCCGCCCCGAGGACUUUGCUUCACUGGUUCUGUUCAUGUGAUCUUGACAGGGAAAUUGUCAUUUUUAUUAAUUUUUUAAAAAUAGCCUUUCAAAUAUAGUAAGUAGGUCUAACUUUCUGCCCUGAGGUGUGGGCAGAAGGAGGAGGCCGUGUAGCACCCAGCGGCCUUUUCCUCCCGCACUGUGGAGCCGUGCAGACGGCAGUGUGGGGGAAGGGCAUGGCCUCCGUGUCCUUAAAACUGCCAGUGACUCCACCAGUCCCCUGGCUGUGCUCUUGGCGUGGCUGUGGGAAGAGGAUCUGAGCCUAGCUUUUCUUACUCCCUGAGGAGUUUCUUGUUGACCCAGUGGGGUCCGUGAAGAUACUGACGGGCGCGGCGUCAGCCGCAGUCUCUCCUCUGUGUUCGUCUUCUCAGAACGUGCUGUUGCUCGGUUAUGUGGGAGCUGUCCUCAGCCUGUCUCCUGCACCCUGCCCUUGAAGGAAGGACGCUUUGAGGGUUAUGGUGACCGGAGGGGGAGUGGGACGGAACCAGCCCUGCACAAAGUCUGUUCAGAUCCACCUCCUGCUGGGAGGCCUGCUCUGGCCCGGCCGCCUGUCUCAGUGCUCGUAGCCUCUGACAGAGCGGCUGCGGCCGGGGCUUGGUCCCUUUACCCCGCUGCUCAGAGUACUGAGUGCAGGUGGGCGUGAGACACGGAGGUCAGCACACGAAGAAACACCUUCCUUUUAAAGCCACAGCCUUAGCCUGCCCUCUGCGCUCUUACCAGCGUGCUUGCUGAGAUGCAGGUGGAGGCUUUCUUCCCGUCUGGGGGCUGCACAGCGGGGACUUCUGGCCUGGGCUCUCCCCUGUCCCGCCUGUGCCUGGCACCGUGCUCCCGCCCCACCUCGGCUGCCGUCGGCAUUUGAACUUCAGAUCAGAGAGUGCUGAUGCUCGCCGCUUGCUGCUGAGCACACUCUGAUUUGGGGUCCCUCAGCGUCCUGCCAGGUCAGCCGUGUGACCAUCCAAGAUCCUGUCUCGGACUGGGGCAUGUGUUUGUGUCCGAGCCCCACCCCUACCACUCAGAACUACCCCUCACAGGGUACGCGUCUGUGUGUUCAGCAAGGGAAACCACACUUGCUCUUUCAUAGCCCCGCGCCAGGACUCCGAGGAUCUCACGGUCCUCCCUGAUGCUUCCUGGUCACGGCUGCACUUCUGCCUUUGCAGCAUGACUACCUAGGCCUAGCUCGGAGGGCCAGGCGGGUGGGAACCGCUGGGCAGAGGGACAGAGGACGGAACUGCAUUUCUAGCUCCUCUCCUAACGCGCCCUUCCUCCCAUCCAGUCUGGCUGCCCCAGCCUCGGCCUGGAGCUCUGUCUCUGGGACAGCAGAAGUCGACGUCUUCCUACAUACACAGCUUCAUGUCAGCCCGUGUUCUAACGUUUCUGCUUGGGCGCUCCCUCUUAGGAAUGCUGCCUGUUUCUGCCUUACUCUUCCCGGAAUGGAGAGCCAGGGAAGUCGCUGCUGAAACCCGCCUGCUUGUUCUGGGCGUGCCUGUGCCACCCCGCUACAGAGGAGCGGCCCCCAGACCCGCGCAGGUCUCCUCGCUCGCCCUGGCACCUCGGCCCCCCGGUGUUGCUCAGCCCUGCUCGGCCACGCCUUCCUCUUACUCAGAUGCGCUUGGCGGACAGGGCAUGACAAGGCUGGGCCGGCCUGGGUACCUGUGCCUAGGAGGCUCCCUGCCCUUUGCCUGCCUUAGCUUUCCAACAUGGUACAUUCUUAGAUUAACUUGGGCUGAAAGCAGAAAGUUUCACGGUGUGGCAGGUCAGAUCCUUCGGGGCAGCUCAUGAUCCAUGGUGCUGUGGGAAUGAUGCCCUCCCUGAGGGUCGUCUGUGCCCAGUGAAGUGAGGCUAGAGGUCUGUCCCCCGUGACCUGGCCCGGGGCCUGGAGCUGUUCACGUGGGAGCAUUUGAGGCCAGGAGCUGCUCUCUGAAUCCUACACAGGAGAGCUGCCUGCCUGGGUGGGCCAGGCAUUGCCGAAGGGGCAAGCCUUGGAAGCUGCUCGGCCUCAGAGCCCAGGCUGCAGGACAAGAGGAGGCCGGCGGUAGAGCCCUGGCGCCAGCACUGAGGAGGCACCGUCUCAGCGGCGACCUUCUCAUACUCUAUGCAGAGCAGCGCUGACAAGUAGAGACUGAAGAUUUAGGAAAUGGAGUGCUCGUUCUGCUGCCGUGCUUCUGGUAGCUAAAGCCAAAGACCCUUACUUUGCAGAAACAUGGGGAGAAGGUUGGGAUGCGAGGAGGUUGAAAAUCAUAAGGCCGGGCGUGGUGGCGCACGCCUGUAAUCCCAGCACUCGGGAGCCUGGGGCAGGAGGAUCGUUGUGAGUCCGAGA